AGCGAGCGACACAGAGAGACAUCAGAGGACGAGCAGAGAGUGGAUUCUGUUGAUCUCGUCACCAUGAGGUUCGAGGAAGUCUUAGACGAUGUUGGUGGCUUCUCCAAGUUCCAAUUCGUGCUCCUGUUCAUCCUGUGCUUCCCCCGUGCCAUCCUCCCCCUCCACUUCCUCCUGCACAACUUUGUCUCUGCAACACCUCCUCACCGCUGCGCCCUCGGGAGCCCAGAGGACGGAGAUGGGAUGUCGCUGAGCGCUGACCCAGAGGGGCUGGCCCUUAGGAUCCCCCGUCAAGAUGACGACUCCCUCAGCUCCUGCAGAGUCUAUGACCCCCCUCUGACCUCUGGGCUUAACCCACAAAACAGGACAGCACCUUGUCCCCAUGGGUGGAUCUACGACCAAUCACAGUUCAGCUCCACAACGGCCACCGAGUGGGAUCUGGUGUGUGACGACAAACAGCUGAAUCAAGCUCUCGCCACGUAUUUCUUCCUCGGUGUGACGCUGGGAUCAGUUCUGUUUGGACAGCUUUCUGACAAGUUUGGUCGUAAGUCGAUGCUUCUGGUGGCUUUAAUGGCCUCCACCACGCUGGGAGUCACCUCGGCCUUCUCCACCUCCUACAUCAUGUUCGCUGUCUGCAGGGCGCUCUGUGGUGUGGCCCUCAGUGGGCUGUCAAUCAUCGGCGUGGUCCUCAGUAUCGAGUGGACAGACGUGAAGCACCGGACCUUCACUGGCACCGUCAUGAGUUUGUCGUGGAGCGUGGGGAACAUGCUCCUGGCCCUUCUGGCCUACUACAUACGAGACUGGAGACACCUGGUGCUGGCGGUGACAGCGCCCUGCGUCGCUGCCAUCAUCUCCUGGUGGUGGCUGCCGGAGUCGGCCCGCUGGCUGCUGGCCAAUGGCAGAGUAGAGGAAGCCAAGAAGUAUCUGGUUCAGUGCGCCAAAAUGAACCGGAGGAACGAACAGACAUCCAGACUGGACACUGAGGUACAACUGACUGACUCAAUGUGA